AUAAAAUAAUAAUAAUAAAAAAUAAAUAAUUCCCUCUCUCUUAUCUCUUGCAAAAAUAUUCCAUAAAUAGAAGCAGCAGAUUCCACACCCUAAAAACUCCUCUCUUUUUCUCCAUUUUACACUACUAACUAAAGAAACCGCCUUCUCCAGUAUUCCCUGUUUAUUACACGAUCAUGGGGGGUCAAAAGCCUGCAUGGAUGGAAGCACUAUACGCGCACAAGUUCUUCGCGCCGUGCUCGAUUCACGACUCCGCGAAGAAGAACCAGAAGAACAUAUGCUGCUUGGACUGCUGCACGAGCAUUUGCCCGCACUGCGUGCUCUCUCACCGGGCCCACCGGCUCCUCCAGAUUCGCCGUUACGUUUAUCACGAGGUUGUCCGGUUGGAGGAUAUCGACAAACUCAUGGACUGCUCCAACAUUCAGGCUUAUACGAUAAACGCAGCGAAAGUGUUGUUCAUAAAGAAGAGGCCACAAAACAGGCAGUUUAAAGGGUCUGGGAAUUAUUGCACUUCUUGUGAUAGAAGCCUUCAAGAACCAUUUAUCCAUUGUUCUCUUGGUUGUAAGGUUGAAUUCGUGCUCAAACACUACAAAGACAUAACACCAUUCUUGAAAGUAUGCAAUACACUUCAACUCAGUCCGGAUUUCUUCAUUCCGCAAGACAUCGGAGACGAAGAAACAACCAAUCACAACAACAAUUCGCCACAUUCGACAAUCGUCGACGAGCCGUUGACGUCAUCGUCGAGCUCGGAUAACAUGAGCUUCUCGUGCACCGAGUUCGUACGAAAGAAGAGAAGCGGGCUCUACUCGAACCAGUGCAAAGCAAUCGAACUCAAACCGAAAUCGUGCGACGACUAA